AUGACCUGUGUUAAUACUUUGACAGUUCUUAAUCUGGCAACUCUCUCAAGAAACGCUUUCAGUCAGUGGUUUCAUUUAGCUUCCGACCGAACUUCCAAAAAAUUGGGACGGAAAGUUGUAGAUCAGGUUGCAUUGAAUUUGAUUGCCAAAAAAGCCGUUUUCGAUGUUCAUACGGCCCUAGUGACCAUGAUCAACAUUGUCAUAGUUAUGUUUGCUGUUCUGUUUAUGACAUCCAUUGUCGGCACCGUCUUGCAGAUGGCAAAUUUGAAAGGGAUACCAAAAUGUCUGUAUGAUAUAUACUACUCCGGGAAAAGUUGUGAAGGGAAAUUAUUUUCUACUUUGCUUUCAGCUGUUCUAGUUCCAAAGAGUUGGUUUUUUCACUUCUAUUUCUUUGCCACAGUCUACACGUUAUUGAUUUUAAUAAUGAUAAUAUGGAUGAUUCUGACAAAAAAUCAGCUUCCUAUAUUUAUUACUAUGUAUAUUGACUUCGUAUCUCCUCAUUCCUGCACAACUAUAGCUAGCGCUAAGAUAUUACUAUUGGCUACCCUGCUUUUUCUCCUUCAGGUUUUUAGACGGGCAUAUGAAAGUAUGUAUGUUACCGUUUUUUUGGAUUCAAAGAUGAACAUUGGCCACUAUGUAGUUGGGUAUCUCCAUUACUGGGGAUGUGGCACUAUCCUUCUAUUGUAUGCAGCUUGUCAAUCUCUGCAAGACAACCAAAUGUAUGAACAGGCAAACAAUGAAAUUCAUUUACAACAUAUCAUUGGAAUAGCUUUAUUCAUCAUUGCAUUUUACCAGCAAUAUAAAGCCCACAUUACUUUAGCAAAUUUAAGGAAAAAUCCGCAGAGUAAGCAAAAGUAUAGUCUUCCACAAGGUGGCCUGUUUAAUUAUGUGUCUUGUCCAAACUUUCUUUGUGAAAUCAUCAUUUACCUAGCAAUCAAUCUCGUACUGGGAAUUGAUUUUUAUCCGUGGACGCUAGUAACAUUUUGGGUCUUGUCGAAUCAGAUUAUGGCUGCUAUCAUGACCCAGAAGUGGUAUAAAUCGAAAUUUAAGGAAUUCCCACCUACAAGAAAAGCCUUAAUUCCUUUUGUAUACUGAUAAAAAUUGGGAGAAAAAAAUGAAAACAAUAACUACCUUGGAGAUUAAACUUGUAAAUGAGAUUAAUAAAUUAACAUUGUUUUAUUUAG